AUGCUGAUUGUUUUGUUGUUUCAGGAGGACAAAAAAUGUUUCAUAUGUGACUCCGAGAAUCCCUUCCAUGAAACUCUCAAUCCUGACAGUCACCGCAUUGAAAACGUUGUCACCACCUUCGCUCCGAAUCGCCUGAAGCUCUGGUGGCAGUCGGAAAAUGGUUUGGAGAACGUGACUGUUCAGCUGAACCUGGAGGCUGAGUUUCAUUUCACUCAUCUCAUUAUGACCUUCAAGACAUUCCGCCCUGCUGCAAUGUUGAUAGAAAGAUCAUCUGAUUUUGGAAACACAUGGCAAGUAUAUAGGUAUUUUGCAUAUGACUGUGAGAGUUCGUUUCCUGGGAUUUCAACUGGACCCAUGAAGAAAGUGGAUGAUAUCAUUUGUGAUUCCCGAUACUCCGACAUUGAACCUUCAACCGAGGGAGAGGUAAUAUAUCGUGUUUUAGAUCCUGCUUUCCGAAUUGAAGAUCCAUACAGUCCAAGGAUUCAGAACCUAUUAAAGAUCACAAAUCUGAGAGUCAAAUUCAUCAAGCUCCAUACGCUGGGAGAUAAUCUUUUGGACUCCAGGAUGGAGAUCAGAGAGAAGUACUACUAUGCCAUCUACGACAUGGUUGUGCGUGGGAACUGUUUCUGCUACGGACAUGCCAGCGAGUGUGCACCGGUGGAUGGCUUUAAUGAAGAUGUGGAAGGAAUGGUCCAUGGGCACUGCAUGUGCAGGCAUAAUACCAAAGGAUUAAACUGUGAACAGUGUUUGGAUUUCUACCAUGACUUACCCUGGCGACCUGCUGAAGGCCGCAAUAGUAAUGCAUGCAAAAAGUGCAACUGCAAUGGUCACUCCAGCCAGUGCCACUUUGACAUGGCUGUGUACAUGACGACGGGGAAUACCAGCGGGGGGGUGUGUGACGACUGCCAGCACAACACCAUAGGGCGCAACUGUGAGCAGUGCAAGCCCUUCUAUUUCCAGCAUCCGGAGCGAGAUCUGCGGGACCCCGAUGUCUGUGAGCCUUGUGACUGUGACCCAGCUGGCUCCCAAAAUGGUGGCAUCUGCGAUCGCUACACCGAUUUCUCCACUGGCCUCAUUGCUGGACAAUGCCGUUGUAAAUUAUUUGUCGAAGGGGAACGUUGUGACCUCUGCAAAGAAGGUUUCUAUGGUCUGAGUGCCGAUGACCCAGUGGGUUGUCAGUCUUGUGCGUGUAAUCCUCUGGGUACCCACCCUGGGGGGAAUCCUUGUGAUUCGGAGACAGGAAACUGCUAUUGUAAGCGCCUGGUGACAGGAAAGCAGUGCAAUCAGUGCCUGCCUGAGCACUGGGGCCUGAGCAAUGACAUGGAUGGAUGUCGGCCGUGUGACUGUGACCCGGGAGGAGCGCUGAAUAACAACUGCUCGAGUCAGUCUGGCCAGUGCGAAUGCCGGCCCCACAUGUUUGGACGUCAGUGCAGCCAGGUGGAGCCUGGCUAUUACUUCAUUUCACUCGAUCAUUACAUCUACGAGGCAGAGGAAGCCAGCCUGGGUCUCGGAGUAAACAUAAUAGAGCGCCAGUACACACCGGACCGCACACCGUCGUGGACAGGUAUAGGAUUCGUACGGGUCCCUGAGGGAGCGUACCUGGAAUUCUAUAUCGACAACAUUCCCUACUCCAUGGAGUAUGAUAUUUUGGUCCGCUAUGAGCCACAGUUGCCGGAUCAGUGGGAAAAAGCUGUGAUCAGCGUCUCGCGCCCAGGGAAGAUUCCCACGGGUAGCCGGUGUGGCAAUACUGUUCCCGAUGAUGAUAAUCAGGUCGUCUCGCUGUCACCCGGCUCCAGAUAUGUAGUUCUCCCACGGCCCGUCUGCUUCGAGAAGGGGCUGAAUUACACGAUCCGCCUGGAGCUGUCCCAGUACUCCUCGGUGGAUACAGAGACGGAGAACCCAUACACUCUCAUUGACUCUCUUGUUCUCAUGCCAUACUGCAAAUCGCUGGACAUAUUCACAGUGGGAGGCUCAGGUGAAGAUGUGGUCACAAACAGCGCCUGGGAAACUUUUCAAAGAUACCGGUGCCUGGAAAACAGCAGAAGCGUUGUGAAAACUCCCAUGACAGACGUCUGCAGGAACAUCAUAUUCAGCAUUUCUGCGCUAUUGCAUGAGACUGCGCUGUCGUGCCAGUGUGACCCCCAGGGCUCCCUGAGUUCGGUGUGUGACCCCAACGGAGGACAGUGCCAGUGUCGUCCCAACGUUGUUGGAAGACAGUGCAACAGAUGCGCCCCUGGCACCUUUGGGUUUGGGCCGAGCGGAUGCCGACCGUGCGAGUGCCACAUCCGAGGCUCUUACAACACCUUCUGCGACGCGGAGACAGGCCAGUGCCACUGCUUCCCCGGGGGGUACGGGCGGCAGUGCGACCGCUGCCUGCCUGGCUUUUGGGGCUUCCCCAGCUGCCAGCCCUGCCACUGCAAUGGCCAUGCCGAUGACUGCAGCCCCUACACCGGCGAGUGCCUGAGCUGCCGGGACCACACGGCAGGGCACAACUGUGAGAGGUGCCAGGCUGGCUACUAUGGAGACCCCGUCCUGGGAUCAGGCGACCACUGCCGUCCCUGCCCAUGUCCUGAUGGCCCCGAGAGCGGACGCCAGUUUGCCAGUGGCUGCUACCAGGAUCCGGUCACGCUGCAAGUCGUGUGUGUCUGUAGCACAGGAUACAUAGGCAGUCGAUGUGAUGAAUGUGCGUCUGGCUUCUUU